UGCAGUCAUACGAUGAGGACAACUGUAUGUCUUGCAAAUUUUUCCCGUUCUAUAUUUAGGGCUAUCAGUUAUGACAACAGCCAGACCGCCAUCUUUGGCGACAUAGCGCGACCAAAAAUUGCCGAUAGCUGACCCGUGGUAUUUACUCGAGUAGAAUUGACAAUAUUUGCAUAUCGGAGCUUUAGGAACUUUGUGACGAAUUCUUCCACGAGCAUUUAACGCCAACAUUACCCGCUUUUGCGAUCGUUUGCUGGUUUAUAUUUGCUUCCGGGUCAGCAUAAAACUGAGCGAGAAAGCAUGACGACCCGUCGAUUCUUCCGCUUCAUUGUCUUCGUAAAAGUUAAUUUCUGCUUUCGAUUUCGAAAAAGAUUGAAGGUCAUACUCGCCGCUUUAAUGCUCUGUUCAAUCUGCUUUUAUAUCUUCAGUACGUUGUACCAUUCACAAACGUAUGACGCUGUUCAUGUUGCGGUAAAAAAUGAUGCAGUGACCACUACAAACGGCACACCAAGUGUCAUCGCAGCUGUGGGUACUCUAAAUAUUCACGUAUGGCGAGAGGUUUGUGGCUCAAGCAUCCAAAAUCUGCGUCAAUAUUUGCUUUUUCCGCAUUAUCCUGACGAAAUGGUCACGAAGCUCAAUAUGCUUAGGUUUCAUAUUACCGACAAUACCAUCGAUUAUGGCCAACGGAUUUUUGGCUUCCUCCAUCCUCCUCACAGCGACGAGUACAACUUCGCCAUAGCCUCUGAUGACGAGUCAGAGUUAUGGCUCAGUCCUAACGAUGAUCUGAAGGAGAAACAGUUAAUUGCACGUGUUUUUAAAGAAGGAGUAAGUGCGUGGACGAAAAAGGAUGAACUUCAUAAAUAUCCCGGACAAAUCUCAGAACAUCUAGUGCUCUCUGGAGACAGAAAAUACUACAUAGAAGUUGUGCAUAAGCAAGGAGCGGCUCUUGGCUUUGUACAAGUUUAUUGGAAGCGUCGCAAUGAUACCGAUUUCUACCUUAUCAGUUCAGAGUACUUAUCGUCCCAUGCAAACGAUGUUAUGAUCACCAAAGCAAAAGAUGUUUUGCAUAGUUUGCUUUCGGAGAGCUAUCGUCAAGAUCUUGAGCUGAAAUCUGAAUCAACAGAUCAAAAACGCUUACAAUUUCCAUCACUUCCGUUGCUCCCAAAAGAUAGUUAUCUUCCCUUGUGUGAUUUCCAGUCCGGCUCUUUGUCAAACGGAGGAAAAGUGUAUCGUUAUCAAGGCCGCAAAGUGGUGCAGUUAUCCAGCGUCUACCCUACUGAUGAUAGCAGUGCACUGACUGAUAAAAAUUUGCGGAACUGGCCUAACAAAAUUGCUUACAGGGAAACAAUUCAUGCAGUCACGGAUGAGAUAAUUACGUCGCUAAACCACAAAACCUCAAAGAAAUAUUUUCUGAAGAGAAUUCACAAGGUUUUAAACAUCUCAGAUCCAGUUCAUGGCGAUCUUUAUUCUGUAGAUCUUGAACUCGGUUUACAAGACGUCAAUCAAUCAUUUCGUUUAUCAGAGCAUGUGUUUGGUAAGGAUGCCAACCACAGCUUGUGUUUUCCUCGAGGUAUUAGCUGGAACAAUAAAGCUAAGGUGUACUUUAUUCUCCCUGUCAAGGAACAAGGAAGAUGGGUGUAUCAUUUUAUUAACGAAAUCACAAUAGCCAGCUCUUUAACGGGCGAUACGAACUUUCAUGUCAUUGUUGUUGACUUUGAAAGCGAGGAUAUUGACAUGACAAAGGCAUUUAACACCACUCUUCUUCAAAACAGACACACGAUUAUUCCAUUGAAAGGGAAAUUUUACAAGACGCUGGCUUUGAACAAGGCUGUUGAGCAUAUUCCAAGUACACAUGACAUUUUGUUUCUGUUUGAUCUCCAUAUCGACGUUCCGCAGGACAUAUUGGACAGCGUUCGUAAGAACACCGUCGAAGGACAUCUUGUUUACGCUCCCAUUGUAGGCCGGUUAUAUUGUGGCAGUACGUAUGUAGAUCAUAAAGGUUAUUGGGAAAUGGAAGGAUUUGGCUUAAUGAGCAUCUAUAAAUCAGACUGGGUGAGGUUCAGAGGAAUGAACACCGAGGACUACAAAUACAAAUGGGGCGGAGAGGACUGGGACUUACUCGACCGUGUUAUCAAUGCUGAGUUAAAAGUUGUUCGAAUAAAGCACCCGGGUCUAUACCAUCAUUAUCAUACAAAACACAAAUCUUGGAAUUAACAUACGCCGUGCAAGUUACUCCAAUUACUAACUCCCGUUCUGUCAACCCUUAUGAAAGCACAUGUUUAAUAUGCUUGAAAGCGUGCCGUGCGGGAGCCAAGGAAACUGGGUCUACUACACGAGAUCGAGGCUUGCCAGGGGACUCCCCAGAGUAAGAAAGAAAACAAUGGUAGGAGGUCCUUUUUUCCUUUGAACCGCAUCUAGGAGGAGCACCGAUGGUGUCGCUGUGAGUCAGCAAUGCGGUUUUAAUGUCUCUCCAGAUGGUUGAUUUGUAGCUGUUUGCUCUGUAAUUAUCUUUACCUUAUUUCAGAUUCUCCGAAGAGAUACUUGGAAUGUUUAUGUUUUAUUUGGACCAUUUGGGGUCUAGCAAAAACAGAACUGAAGUUAUCUCUACCAAAACAAAGUCCUGCUAAAACUUCGUAUUUUAGUUAUUAACUUUUGCGUUAACCUGACUCAGUUGUGAUCAGCUAGUCUUGGCCACCUGAUAGAAUGACUUUAGGGGUAACUUCACUUAAUAGGUUACAAAUAUUUUUCGAACGAUUUCUUAACGAUGUAAUUGCAAUAAUGUCAACGAAAUACACAGACUACUUUUGCAAUACAUAUACAUGUAGAAUGAGGUUAGGGUCGGUUUUGUUUAACAAUCAGCACCAUUUUUCUGACAACAAGUGACACAAACAAGAAGUAAAAAUCCAAACAACAUAAAAACUAUGCCAAAUGGUAGGGCAUCCGGCUUGUCACUAAACUGAUAUUCAGGAUGUAGAUUAUAAUCAUCAGAGUCAUCAGGAGUCAGGAAAUACCCUAUGAGGCUAAUGCCUCCCAAAAAAAAACAAAGGAGCCCAAAGAGAACACAUGGUGUUACACGUUGUUUCUUUCGUUCAUUGUCGUGGCUCUGCAUGU